GCGCGGUUAUAUGCCCGAAGCGGAGUGAUGGCGGAGUCUGACAGCGCGGGCGAAGCUUUAUCUAUCUUGGGUCGGCGGCGUAUUAGUUUCGAACAUACCGUAUUGAGAAUCAACGGGGGCUAAAGCGACCCCGUCUUGACCACUUCUGCCGUCACGCCACCUCAAUCACCUCGGGGAGCAAUUGCACCCUCCAGAAUAGUCCAUCAAGUCAGGACCACCCCCAAGCCACGACCAUGGCGGCUAAAUUAAUCGAUCGGCGCUUCCAUAACAUCCCAGGAAGGCUUCGAGUGGCUGAGCUGUUCUUUGAUGUCCCUCUCAAUUACAACAAGCCCACCGAUGGCACUCUGAGACUUUUCGCCCGGAGCGUUCGUCGUCUGGUAACCCCGGCUGAGCCCCAUGAGGGCAUUAAGGAUGACAAGCAGCUACCUUUUCUAGUGUACUUGCAGGGUGGUCCCGGAAUGGGAUGUCGCCCCCCGCAAGAGUAUGGCUGGAUUGGAACAGUCCUUGACAAGGGCUAUCAGGUCUUGUUCCUUGACCAACGUGGCACGGGCCUCAGUUCGACCAUCACAGCAGGCACGCUUGCCCGCCAAGGCAAUGCUAUUAAACAAGCAGAGUAUAUGAAGAAUUUCCGCGCAGACAGCAUUGUCCGCGAUUGUGAGGCUGUCCGUCGUUGUCUUACGACAGAUUACCCUGAGGACAAACGGAAAUGGAGCAUCAUCGGCCAAAGCUUCGGGGGUUUCUGCGCUGUAACCUACCUUUCCAUGUUCCCGGAAGGACUGGCCGAGGCCUUUAUCUGUGGUGGUCUUCCUCCUCUUGUCGACAACCCUGAUCCCGUCUAUGCACGCACCUAUGAAAAGGUCCUCGAAAGAAACAAGGCAUACUAUUCUAAGUUCCCCGAGGACGUAGAACGCGUCAAGCAGAUUGUCCAAUAUCUGAAGGACAACCAGGUUGCUCUGCCGACUGGAACUCUAACCCCGGAGCGAUUCCAGCAACUGGGCAUAUUGUUCGGCAUGCACGGUGGUCUCGACAGCAUUCAUGAUCUCGUGCUCCGCGCCUGGAGCGACCUGGACAUCUUCGGGUCUCUGACCCAUCCCACUCUGACCUCAAUCGACAGUUUCGGUGGCAUGGACAACAAUGUCAUCUACGCCAUCCUGCACGAGGCUAUCUACUGCCAAGGGAAACCCUCCAACUGGUCCGCAGAUAAGUUCCGCGCAUCCAAUCCCGACUUCCACAUUGAUACCACCAAGCCCGAAAUCCUCUUCACCGGUGAAAUGGUCUACAAAGACAUGUUCGAGUCAUACACCGAACUCGCCAAGAUCAGAGACGCAGCGGAAAUCCUCGCAUCAAUUGACGACUGGCCCGCGCUUUACAACGAAGCCCAGCUGGCGAAGAACGAGGUCCCUGUUUACGCGGCCACUUUCGUAGACGAUAUGUAUGUGCACUUUGAUCAUGCGCAGAACACCGCGGCCAAGAUCAAGGGCAUCAAGCAGUUUAUUACGAAUGUCAUGUAUCAUAAUGCGAUUCGGGCCAAGUCGGAUGAGCUUAUUCAGCAGCUGUUUGCUUUGAGGGAGGAUACGAUUGACUAAGUGAUCAUGGUCAUGGUCGGAUUAAGAAUACUGGGAUAGUGGUGGAAGUAUGUAUAUGGUUGAUGUUAGUGUAUUAAUGGAGGUGCUGUGAAUUUCUGUUGUGAUGAUGAUUGUAUGUCCUCCAACAAAUGUCAGCCGUCAUUCGAUCCUUAUAUCUAUAACCAG